AUGAAGACUGUUAGUAAAUCGCAUAAUGAUGAUUCAAAUUGUUCGUGUGAAUCCUGCCUCUAUAGAAGUGAAUCCGAUCGACCAUUACUGAGAAAUUUGCUUGCACGAGGCUCUCGAAUUGACCGUCUAUACUACGGCAAGUACAUUCCACUUAGAGAAAAAAAGCUUUUAGAUAGGCUAGUAAGAACACGGGCCGUGUAUGAUGACAUAAGAGCACAAUUACUCUCCGAUAGUUCUGUUAGUCUUAGCACUAAAGCAAACUUUGUACCUAAGAAAAAAAUAUCUCUAAAAAAAUUAGGGAGCACAGAAAAAUCAGGAACGAUUUUAAAAGCCGUAGGAAUGGUAGAUAAAGGUGAAAUACUUAGCUCAAAAAACUUAAGUGAUUGUUGCAGUUGUUGUAGCUGUUCUUCGAAAAUUCAUAUACAUAAUAGAUCUUUACGAAAGCAAAGGCAUAAACAUCCUUAUCCUGGCGUACAGAGACGUGAUAACCAAACGUAUGAAAGGUAUGGAGAUGCUUAUUCUCGGAAAAGGGGAGUACGAUUUAAAGCCAAGCAUAUAAGAUCCGACCCUUGUACAUGUACAUUUAAGUUUAGUGGAUUGCUUAAGAAUCAUUCUAAAACAAUGCUUAGAAAAUUACGUACAAAUGCACCAUUACUAGUUGAUUUACAAACAACAACAGAUGAAGAAAUAAGUAAAAAACGACACAGAACAGCAGACUUAGCACGCGCCUCAUAUCAAAUCUUAAAGCAAUCUCAGGAACGUGUGUCAGAUGCAGUGGUAAAAGGGAUUAAAAAAUUAAAUGAGUCGAAAACAAAAAUUCGAGAAAGCUUAGAACUUACAGCGAAAAAGUCAUUGGAUAAACUAAAGCAGGGUAAGGAUAAACUAAAAUCUAACGGUAAAUCAGAAUUGGAAAGAAAUAAUAAAAACGCCAUUUUAAAUAAAAAUGUCGCUAGAAUAUGUGAAUGUCCUGAAAUGGAUUUAGUUUCUCAGAUAAAAAAGGAUUCUGUUAUUAAAUUCAAGGAUGAUCUAAAGAAAAAACGAAUGCUGAAAGACUGGGAAUGUGAACCUGAAUGCAUUGCAACCACAUGUGAUCCUGAGGAAUGCUAUAUCAAACUUAAACAGAAACGUCCUCAUACUAAAAUAGGAACUUAUAGAGAAAAGCGAGAGAAAAAAAUAGGUGUGCCAAUUAGCCAGUCCAACAUCAAAAUUCAAGCUGAUAAAAAAAAGAUUAAACCAAUAUUACGUGCACAACAAACAGAGGAAAUAAUAUCACGAGUACAAUUUCAAACGAACAAUGUACAAGAAAAUAUCCGUAAAAACAAGAACCAUCCACAGAAAUGUGCAUGCGAGAAGGAAUCGAAAGAAAAUGUUAAACCGCCAAAAAAAUCACCACCCAAAAUAUCACCGCCUAAGAAAAAGUUAGUAAACACUGAAAAGGCCAAAGUUAACCAACCUAUUAAAAAUCAGAUUGCAUUGAAACGAGAAGCUAAACUGACGAAUGUUCAAUCUGCUAAUGAAAGGAGUUCACGUCAGGCAGUUCGUAUUGGAUCCUCUUUUUCAUUUAAUAUUGAAUUUUACAAAAAUCAGGCAGAACCAAUUGAAAAAACAUACAAACUACCUGCAAGACCGACACUCCCUGUAAAAUAUAGUAAUUACGAUAGUAAAAAUCAGAGGUACUUAUAUAAACGUCAUAACCGCAGUUCACAAAGUUUGACAACAGCAAAAAAGAAGAAUAAACAAGUAGGCAGACACAAUUUAAAAAGAUGUUUUUGUACUUUAAAAUUAAAGGGCAGAAAAAGCAGACCAAAAGUUAAAAAAAGAGUCACGAAGGAAACUAUGAGUACAGAUAGAUCUGCUAUGGCUUUAAAUUCCUUUCUCGACUCUUGUAGGCCUUGUGAUUAUAUAAAAAAUGAAUGUAAUAGUUUAGAAUGCAAAAAAACUGUAUUAAAAAAUAUUCAAACGAAUACGUACCAAUCGAAAACGAAUAAGAGACAACAUUUACUUCCAUAUGAAUGUGAACCUGGUAUAUGUACACCUGAUUAUUGCGAUCCGCACCGUUGUAUUAAACUAAUUAAUAUAAGAAAUGCAAAAGUUAAAAAACGUUCAGUUAAAUGCUCAUUUUGCCCUAGUACUCAUUCACGAAAAACUAAAUCCACCUCUAGUUUAACUUCAAGGUCUUAUGCUCCUUUUAAAGCUAAAUACGUACAAUCUAUUAUAGCUUACACAAGGAAACCUAAAAAUAUAAGAGAAUCUAUAAUGCAACGACCAAAUUACCAACGACAAUUAAUUACUACUAGGACAGACAGUCGGCAAGCAGUUCGUAUUGGUUCCACUUUUAGUUUCAACAUAGAAUUCUAUAAAGAUAAAUCUCCUUAUUCUACACCACCUAAGAAUCUUAGUAGCUUAGCUAUUAAACCUAAACUAAAAGAAGUGAUACAUCAUAAAAAAAAAUUAGAGACCCGAGGACAUCAAAAAAGCUCAGGCUCUAUUUACGUGGCAAAGCCAACACAAAUGACUAUAAAAGAUAGAAAAGCUAAUUUCGGGCUUGCUCUUAAACGGUGUUUUUGUACAUUAAAAUUGCAAGAAAAAAAACAUACAAAAGUUAAAAAGCGAAAAAUGCUUACUGUAGGGACUGAAACUACAAAUAAUUCAUAUGUUGCUGUUAUUAUGUCAAACAGAAGUACUAAAAUGGAUCACAAAGAUGUAAGAUUAUUAGAACCUUUUGAAUGUGAACCUUUUGUUUGUAUACCAGGAGAAUGUGAACCAUACGUAUGCUUAGAGAGAAUCAAAAAACGUCAUAAAAAAUUAAAGAACGCUGGUAUAGAUACUAAAAAACCAUUAAUAGCAGUAGGGUCAAGUACAGUGUACUCGAAAAUAUCUUCAAAAACUAUUCAAGCUCAUUCUAAACCAAAAUCAAAACAUCAAAAGACUCUUACCAAUCUAAAAAGAACAACAGGAAGCAUUAGAAAGAUGAAGUUAAAAGACAAAACUCCUAAAAAUAUCAAAGGUAAAAAUUCAGUAAACAUAGGUUCCUCAUUUAGUUUUAAUAUUGAAUUUAGUAAAAGUCGAUCACCUAUAACUUUUACACAGUCAGAAAAGUGGCCAGAAAGGAAGUCGAAAAUGACUUCGAAAAACAAUGCUAUAGAGAAGAAGACUAAGAUAGACGCACAUAUUGUCAAUGAAAACACACAGGUUCAAAGAUCUAAAAAUCAUCAUAAGGCUACAAUCAUGAGUCCUUUGUUGAAAAGGUGUUUGUGCACAUUGAACUUACAAAAAAAACGUAAACAGCAUUCUUUCAAAAAAAGUUCAACUAAUUCAUUAAAACAGAAUUUGCUACCUUCUAGAAUUUAUACGAUAAAUGCUAUGACUGAAGAAAUUCGAAAUCGCAGUUAUUUGAAAAUAUUCAAUAAUAGCAGAUUAAAUUCGAAUCAACUAUGCGUUGUGAAAAGCAACUAUGAAUGUAAAACAAAACAGUUUUCUCCGAUUGUAAAUGAAUCAAUAUUUCUAUCUAAAAAUAGAGAAUAUAUCAAAGAAAAAAAUAAGCCUCUUAAUAAUUUUAGCCUACUCGGAUUUACGGAGAAUUGUUCAAAAUUACGUACAGACAUGAGUUUGUUCAAAACCAACUGCGAAAUUAUUUUAAAUCCUAUUAUGAAUGAUAAUCGAAAUGAAAUUUGUAAUAUAUCAAACGGCAACAUAAAUGAAUACAGAGAACAAAAAAAAAUAUCUUUACUGCACCCAAAACACAGGCAAUCAAAUCAUGUAUCACAUUAUUUUAAAAAAUGUUUUAAUAUUAUGAAUUUACAAAUAGAAAAUAAUUACAAACAUUUUCCUACGAAACGGUCUAAAACCGUGGAAAUCUUUAAAAAUAACAAGACGAUAAAAUUACUGCCAUAUGAGUGUGAACCAGGAAUAUGUACUCCAGGAGAGUGUAAUCCAUAUGUGUGUCAAAAGUUUAUACUAAAAAGAAACAUGAAAAAUAAAUCGACUAAGUCAGGUACGAAAAAUAUAACAGAAUCAAUUUCAAGCAGUACAAGAGUUCUAGGAAACAAAUCAACACAAAAUAAUAAGAAAAUAUACAUGAAAAAAGUUACAUCAGACAACUAUAAAGAUUUGUCUGGCUAUGGUAAAAAUCGUGUCGUUCGAAUUGGGUCAAGUUUUGAUUUUAACGUAGAAUUUUCUAAGAACAAGAAAAUAUCUAGAAAUUAUUAUGAAGAAAAUACAUCAGUCACAAAACUUUCAUCCAACGCGAAAGACGCAAGAAAAUUAAAAAAACAAACAUCAAAAUCUUUAAAAUCUAUCGAUCGAGGAACGACGAAAGACCAUAAAUGUCAUGAUAUGCAAUCACAAUCACAACUGGUUAGUGUUACGCAUAGGGCGUCCACCACUUUACCCAUGUCAAAGCGUUGUUUUUGUACACUUAAAUUGCACAAAAAGGGCAGGUUACAUAAAGGAACAAAUCUUCAGCAAUUAAAGUUUCAAAAUGAUCAAAAUAUUAUGAAAAUACAUACUAACAGCAGAGGUCAAAAUACGAAAAAAACGAAGCCCUUAAAAACAACGUAUAGAUUAGAACCCUACGAAUGCGAGCCAAAUAUUUGUGAACCAGGUAAUUGUGAUCCUUACCAUUGCUUGGAGAUAAUGAAAAGUAAAAUACCUUAUAAUAAAACUAAAGAAUCUGGCACAGAAAGAACAUUACAUAAAAAUAAAUCCAUACAUACUCGUAGUAUGACUACGAAAAAUCAAUCGAAAGCAACACAAAGAAAGCUUCCCUAUAAUAUAAUACCAAUAGACCAAAUUCAGCCGAAGCUUACUACAGAUAUUAUUAAACUUAAUUCUCAUAGUCCAUCGAAACAAGUUGUGCGCGUCGGAUCAAGGUUUAGUUUUAACGUAGAAUUUUUUAAAGAUCGAUUACCAUAUCAUAAUGAGCCAAUUUUGUCAAACGAGAAAGACUUUGUCGAACAUAAAAAAUAUUUAAAAGAUAUUAAACAAAAACAUGUUGCCAGAAAACAUUCUACAGCUUCCACUAUACAAUCCACAAAAAAUAAAAAAUCUCAAAUGCAAAAUAUUCCAAAAAUUGAUUCUACAAUGACUUCUAGUUUCGUAAAGCGUAGUUUUUGUACUGCAAAACUUUAUCAAAAUAAAGGGAAAAAUAUUGGUCUUAAUCUCCGAAAAAAUGCUAAACCUUCAUUUUUCAAAAAAUGUUUAUGUUGGCUUAAACUAAAAAAAUCUCUUAGUACCGUGGAUAAAGAUCAUGAGGUAGUAAAAAACUUCAUUUUGAUAAGAAAACCA